AUGGACAGCAGCGGGCCCUUCAGCUGCCCCAUCUGCCGGGAGCCGCUCCGGGAGCCAGUGACUCUGCCCUGCGGCCACAACUUCUGCCUCGCCUGCCUGGGUGUGCUUUGGCCGCAUCGCGGCUCGGGUGGCGCCGGUGGGCCCGGGGGUGCGGCCCGCUGUCCGCUGUGCCAGGAGCCCUUUCCCGACGGUCUGCAGCUCCGCAAGAACCACACGCUGUCCGAGCUGCUGCAGCUCCGCCAGGGCUCGGGCCCCGGGCCCGGGCCCGGGCCGGCCCCGGCCCCCGAGCCCUCGGCGCCCAGCGCCCCGCCCAGCACCCCGGAACCGUCGGCUCCCUGCGCGCCUGAGCCGUGGCCGGCAGGCGAAGAGCCGGUGCCCUGCGACGCGUGCCCCGAGGGCGCGGCCCUGCCGGCAGCCCUUUCCUGCCUCUCCUGCCUCGCCUCCUUCUGCCCCGCGCACCUGGGCCCGCACGAACGCAGCCCCGCGCUGCGCGGACACCGCCUGGUGCCGCCGCUGCGCCGGCUGGAGGAGAGUCUAUGCCCGCGCCACCUGCGGCCGCUCGAGCGCUACUGCCGCGCUGAGCGCGUGUGCCUGUGCGAGGCCUGCGCCGCCCAGGAGCACCGCGGCCACGAGCUCGUGCCGCUGGAACAGGAGCGGGCGCUCCAGGAGGCUGAGCAGCCCAAAGUCCUCAGUGCCGUGGAGGACCGCAUGGAUGAGCUGGGUGCUGGCAUUGCUCAGGCCCGGCGCACGGUGGCCCUCAUCAAGAGCGCAGCUGUAGCAGAGCGGGAGAGGGUGAGCCGACUGUUUGCAGAGGCUGCCAUCACCCUGCAGGGCUUCCAGAACCAGGUGCUGGGCUUCAUUGAGGAGGGGGAGGCUGCCAUGCUGGGCCGCUCCCAGGGCGACCUGCGGCGACAGGAGGAGCAGCGCAGCCGCCUGACCCGGGCCCGCCACAACCUCAAUCAGGUCCCUGAGGCUGACUCAGUCAGCUUCCUGCAGGAGCUGCUGGCACUAAGGCUGGCCCUGGAGGAAGGGUGUGGCCCUGGUCCUGGACCCCCGAGGGAGCUCAGCUUCACCAAGUCAUCCCAAGCUGUCCGGGCAGUGAGAGAUGUGCUGGCCGAGGUCUGUGCCAGCCAGUGGGAGCAGCUUCAGGGGCUGGGCAGCGAUGAGGACGGGCCGCAGAAACUGGGCUCGGAAGCCGAUGCAGAGUCCCAGGACCCCGACAGCACCAAUCAGCUGGAGAGUGAAGCUCCCAGGGACUAUUUCCUCAAGUUUGCCUACAUCGUGGACCUGGACAGCGAUACAGCAGACAAAUUCCUGCAGCUGUUCGGAACCAAAGGUGUCAAGAGGGUGCUCUGUCCCAUCAACUACCCUGAGUCACCCACCCGCUUUACCCACUGUGAGCAGGUGCUGGGCGAAGGCGCCCUGGACCGGGGCACGUACUACUGGGAGGUGGAGAUCAUCGAGGGCUGGGUCAGUGUGGGCGUCAUGGCCGAAGGGUUCAACCCCCAGGAGCCCUACGACCGGGGCCGGCUGGGUCGCAAUGCCCACUCCUGCUGCCUGCAAUGGAACGGCCGCAGCUUCUCCGUCUGGUUCCACGGGCUGGAGGCGCCCCUGCCCCAGCCCUUUUCACCGACAGUGGGCAUCUGCCUAGAGUACGCCGACCGGGCCCUGGCCUUCUACGCUGUGCGAGAUGGCAAGAUGAGUCUCCUGCGGAGGCUGAAAGCCUCCCGCCCUCGCCGAAGUGGCAUUCCAGCCUCCCCCGUUGACCCCUUCCAGAGCCGCCUGGACAGCCACUUUGCAGGGCUCUUCACACACAGGCUCAAGCCUGCCUUCUUCCUGGAGAGUGUGGAUGCCCAUCUGCAGAUUGGGCCGCUCAAGAAGUCCUGCAUAUCUGUGCUGAAGAGGAGGUGAUGCUGGGCUCUGGGAAGCUGGCUCCUCUGGGCUCUCAUCUUCCCCAGGGAAGGCACAAGUCUUGGAGUCCCAUAUACCUCAGCCCUACCGUGUUUCUACAGGCCUCCACCUUCCAUACACUCGGCCUUCCACCUCUCAGAAAGGAGGCCCUGGGCAGCACCUGUGGCUCAAGGAGUAGGGCGCUGGCCCCAUAUACCCAAGGUGGUGGGUUCAAACCUGGCCCCUGCCAAAAACUGCAACAACAACAACAAAAAAAGAAAGAAAGGAGCCCCCCCCCCCAGGUCCUGUCCCUCAGCAGGCCUGGACAGAGCCAAGCUACCCUGACUCCUUUUCCAGGCUUCUAGAACAGUACCUGGUGUGUAGUGGUGCACAAUAAAUAUCUUUUGACCUA